GCAGGUCUGCUGAAUUAACAUCUCCCGUUUUCUCAUUUGUUCUGUAAAGCUUUCUGCAAUUUUCUUUUCUCUUUAUACUUUACUGAAGUUGUCUGCUCUGGAUUUUUAUUAGACUUAAAAAUCACUUUUUAAUUCAAAAACCUAACAUUUUUGCCUAAACAACACAGUUGAAUCUUCUUUUUUAACUUUCUGGAGGACCCGUGGGCCUCUUUGGGACAUUCCUCUGAACUCAAAGGCAGCAUGAUGGAUGUGAACAUGUGACAAGGGGAGCUACAGCCCACCCAAAGAGGCUGUUUAAAUAUCGGCCAGCAGAAAGAGGACUCUUAUUCAGCAGGCAAGCACAAAGAGAAAAACUAGUACACGAAAAGGCAAAAGGGAACCAUGGCAUCUUUAGGCUUGCAGAUUUUAGGUGUUGCACUGGCAGUCUUUGGAUGGCUGGGAAACAUAUUCAUCUGCAUGCUGCCCAUGUGGAAAGUGUCCGCUUUCAUCGGGAACAACAUCGUGGUGGCUCAGACAAUCUGGGAAGGAUUGUGGAUGUCCUGUGUGGUGCAAAGCACGGGCCAGAUGCAGUGCAAGGUGUACGACUCCCUGCUGUCGCUGCCGCCGGAUCUCCAGGCUGCUCGGGCCAUGGUGGUCAUCGCCAUCCUCUUGUCUCUCUUCGGCCUGCUGCUGUCAGUGGUUGGAGGGAAAUGCACCACCUGCAUCGAGGACGAAACAGCCAAAGCCAGGGUUGCUGUGUCUGCUGGUGUUUUCUUCCUUCUGAGCGGGGCUUUGUGUCUCAUCACCGUAUCCCUGCCUGCCAACACCAUCAUUAAGGACUUCUACAACCCCAUGAUCCAAGAUGCUCAGAGGAGAGAGCUGGGUUCCUGCCUGUACAUGGGCUGGGGAGCAGCAGGACUGUUACUGGUCGGUGGUGGUCUUCUGUGCUGUCAGUGCCCAUCAGGAGAAGGACGCUACAGUGGCCCCAGGUACUCCCCUCCCAAAUCCACAACACCUGCAAAGGAGUUUGUCUGAAACUGUUGUGCUGCGUCAUCCAAACCUGAAGAGGAUGCAGCAGAAGGCUGUCUCUUAUCAAGCUUUUAUUUGCAUAGUGACUAAAUUUUUUUUACUUCAGCACCACGGCUGUCUGUGAAACAUGUGGGACUAAUACACUAAAUCUUCAUGCAGGCUUUGCUUUUAAACUUUUACAGACAAGAAAUGCUUUAAUUUGGUGUUUUUUUUAUUUUUCAUUUGCAACAUAGGCACUUGGUUAUGUGAAGAACUUAUUUACAUAUUGCUUUUUUUAUUUGAAAGGAUAUAAUAAAAGUUUUUUAACAUGA